AUGUCUAGCGGUCAGUGGGAAGUUGUUGGAAAAAAUAAGAAAUCCCAAAACGGUAAAGUAAAAAAUGUUAAAGAGGAAGAGAAGAAACCAACUAAGAAUGGACCGAAACUUGAAGAUGUCGUCCCCCAUUCUCAAUUAAAACAAUACUACAGUGGAAUGGAAAUCGACGAUACCCAAAAGCCGCAAAAUAACAAAAAAAAUGCCGAUAAAAAGAAAAAGCAAGAUAAAAAAUCCGAACCCCCUAAACCUAAGCUUCCUAAAACAAUUGAUGAAGCUUUAGAAAUGCUUGACCUCUCAGAACUCGGAAACAUCAUAACUACAAACAAACUUAGAUUUUCCAAUGCCCCUCUGGUUUGGUUGAAGGAAGUAGCCAAUUACCUUAAUUCCAAAAUUCCCAUGGAUGUUGAAGAUCCAACAUUUUUAAAUAACAAUGCUGGCUAUCCAUUAUCUGCCGCUCCUCUAGAAGUCGUCAAACUAUUAGAAAAUGUUCUUCAUGAUGCCGGAAAGGCUAACACGCAAUUGUUUUUCGAUGUAUCCUUAACAGCGCUUGCUAACGAUAUGAGUCGAGGCCAGUCUGUCAAUGGUUACAGAUUGUUGCUUCAAAUAUUAGCUCAGAAGUAUCCAGAUUUUUGUCUAGUUUCUUUACCUAAAAGUAUAAGUUUAAGAAACUCCUAUCAAAAUCGUCCGCCUAUUGGUCUUUCCUUGCUUUGGACUGUAGGACAAGGCGGCUUAAACAACUUUGCGGUGGGUUUAAAAGUUUGGCAAGACUUGUUCUUCCCGCUAAUAGAAUUGAAGAAUUACUCGAAAUAUGUGAUAUUAUAUUUAUGUGAGAUUCUUAACAAGCACGCUGCGAUGGAUAGUACAAAAGUGACCCAGGACCAACUAAUGGCUAUGUUGGAUAUGGUGAACAGCAAACGGAAUUCACUAUCAAAGGACCUGUCAAGUGACCUUAUCAAGCAAUUAAGUAAAUAUAAGGAUAUAUAUUUUAAACAUAGCGGUAAUAAGCUACAGGUUACUUUUAACCAGCUAAUGAAGAAACUGCCAAACCAGUACUUGAGUGGUAAUACACUUGAUAGUUACAAUAAGGUUAUAGUCGAAAGCCUUAUAGACUGUCUACAGUUAGAUGAUUCCUGCAAUGCUACGUGGAGACAGUUGUUUAAUAGAUGUAGCAAGCAAUCGGCAACUGUUAUUGAAUAUAUAGAUACGUAUUGGGAUGAAGUUAGUCCGAAAUUGAAAAAGAAAUCCUUGAAGGCGACCAUACUACAGUUCAAGGAAGUAUGUGGGGAGACUCUGAAGGGUAAGAAGAAAGAUGAAACAGUCGUCAAAGCUAACAAGAUCUGCCAGGAUAUUCUAGACAGAAUGACAAGCACUAGAAGAUUCCCAUGGGUUUGGGCCAGUCUGCUGGUUUUAAUCAGUAUUGGAGGACUGAUAGCAUAUGAUGUAUCAAGAGUCGGAGGAGACUUCCCGAAGAGUGCGACGGGUAAACUGAUGAAUGACUUGGGCAUUCUCGAACAAAGUCAAAGAGCGUGGCAAAAGGGUUUGUCAGCAUCAGCCCGAGGCUAUCUAUGGAUGGAAAGCAAUGCACCGGUGUAUUAUGCCCAGACCGUUGAAGCUUGCAAGCCGUAUGCACAGCUCUCAAAAGACGCAGUUACUGUGGCCGUCAAGAAACUUGGAAUCCUAUAUAUGAAUAUGAAAGAAUAUGUUGUUGACAAGACACCUGUAGUCGUUGCAACUAUAGAGCAAUAUGCACCAGGUGUUGUUGAAACUGUUCAAAGUUACACCGUCAAUGGUAUCGCAGCUGUUAAGAAGUAUUCAAAUGACUACUACCAAAUGACAGUUGAUUAUUUAUCAACUAAAGUGUUUGUAGGUGAUUGGGCUCCGGAGAUCCUUCACAACAAGACUCAGUUGGCCUUAAACGCUACCAAGUCCCACAUGUGUACAUACUUCCACUGGUUCAGGGAGCAGGUCAAUGUGUACUCCAAGAUACCGUGA